GUCCCCAACUAGGCAACACUUAAAGUUUUUCUUUGGCAACUCUAUUGAAAUUUUUCUCUCAUGUUUGAUAUUAAAUAAAUUUUACACUGUUACAGAUCUACUCUGGUCAUUUAGGAGCCAAGGAACCCAAAUGUAAGUGAAAUAAUCACUUUAAUGAUCAUAAGAAUGGUUCUUUUUUUGGCUUAAACAAACAUGGUGUGGUAUGAAGGUAUGUAUAAAGGAAGGGUUGCAGUCUGUUGAGCAGCUGAAAUGUGAAGAUAUCCAACGUCCAGCAUCAAGAGGAGGCAGCAUUACUGAACAAUCUGAGGUAAAUGUUUGGCAGAAGGAACUGGGUAGCCCAACACAUUGAAAUUAAAUAAUUUAUCGUGUAUUUGCAGAUCCUGGAUCAGCCAACUAGGGUCCAAAAUGAGCAAGCAAGUACUAAAUUGUUUAAGAACCAACAUUUCUUAUUUCCCCAGGUGUUCACCAUGCUCACCAGCUUUGUGGACGGAAUAUUCUGCUGCUUUACAGGGAAGUCUACCAACGUAGUUGUCCCAAUUGAGUCUUCCGAACCCACAGAUGGUUUCGAAUUUGUUGAAGUAAAGCCAGGAAGAGUUUUGAGAGUUCGACACAUCAUCCCAGACCGACCUGUGGUUGAGGAGCCAGGCACUGGGGAAGGUGGUACAGUGAGCUGCAAACGCAAAAUCUCAGUGUACAGAAACGGACAGCUUCUGAUUGAGAAUGUCAACGAAGCCACGCACCCAGAGCUGGUGCGCUAUCAGAAUGGAGACAGCACUGUGGAUAUGGAGGUCUCCAACUGUGAAGCUCCUGUGGCAGGUCAGGCUACUGAGACCCCAGCUGGAGGACAGGCUGCAGAAACCAAACCUGCCCCACAGGAACAGCAGCAGGUGCACCGCAGGCGCCGAAAACCCAAACGCUCCAUCGUGAUUGACUGCGAGCGGAAGAUCACCUGCUGUAAAGGUACUCAUCCUGACGUGGCUUUGUUUUUCAUACACGGCGUUGGGGGAUCACUGGAUAUCUGGAGAAGCCAACUGGACUUUUUCUCCCAACUUGGAUAUGAAGUCAUCGCCCUGGACCUAGCCGGCCAUGGUGCAAGUUCAGCCCCUCGCAUUCCUGCUGCCUAUACCUUUUAUGCUCUGGCUGAGGACGUCAGAAUCAUAUUCAAGCGAUAUGCAAAGCGGAGGAAUAUUUUAGUUGGACACUCAUAUGGAGUCUCGUUUUGUACCUUCCUGGCUCAUGAAUAUCCAGAACAGGUUCAUAAACUUGUGAUGAUAAAUGGCGGCGGUCCCACAGCACUCGAGCCUAGUCUUUGCUCUGUCUUCAACUUGCCCACAUGUGUCCUUAAUUUUCUGUCCCCGUGCCUCACCUGGAGCUUCCUCAUGGCUGGGUUUGCCCAUCAGGGAACAAGGGAAAAGAAAUUACUGAAAGAGAACAAUGCCUUCAACGUGUCUUCCUUCGUUCUGAGGUCCAUGAUGAGUGGACAGUACUGGCCGGAGGGUGACGAGGUUUACCAUGCUGAAAUCACAGUGCCUGUUCUGCUUGUUCACGGCAUGUAUGACAAGUUUGUACCAGUUCAAGAGGACCAGCGUAUGGCAGAGAUCCUCUUGCUGGGGUUCCUAAAGGUUCUCGAUGAUGGAAGCCACAUGGUGAUGAUGGAGUGUCCUGACGUAGUCAACACUCUGUUACAUGAAUUCUUCUUGUGGCAGCCAGCAACCGCCUCAAAGCCCAAACAGGAAGCAGCCCCCACAAAGACCAACACCAAAUCUCCAGAGGACACAUCCAGACCAAAAACUGCCCCUAAAUCGCCCUCAAAAUCUCAACCUGAUUUGCUAAGACCGACAACUGCACCAAAAACCACCAAUACCGGGACAGAGGCCCCAGCCGCAGCGGACAUCAAAUCUAAGGGCAAGAAAUAACUGCUUCUCCAAUCUACAUGCGCUGGUAUUAAAGCAUUGGGCUUGUGUGAUAGGACAAGUUUAAUGGAGCUUUUUGAACAUUGGAUAUCGCUGGAUUUUUACCAGGUGGGUUAAAUGUGUCUAAAAGCAUGGGGGUUUACUUUACUAUUUGCAGUUUUGGAGCAGGAUGAUCCCUAGAGAUUGUUUUAUUUUCAGUGACAGACAGUACCAGUCCAUUGGAAUUGAUUUUAUUUCUACCGUGGGAUAUUAUAUAUACUUGUAUGCCAUAUGUCAAAUUUUGAGGCUGAAAAUGUCCUACAUUGCAUAAGGGAUGAAUAUAAGCCAGUGCAGUGCUGCUGCUGUUUAAUCUAAUAGACCAAUAUUUUGUAUUUACGCCAGUUUUUUUUUAUUUGACUACAUCAGCUGAUGUCGAUCAGUUGUUACGUUGACUGAGGGAACAUGCUUCCUCUCUCGGGUAAAGUAUUUGAAACUUUCAUUAGUGAAGUGUUUUUAUGUUCAAAUGACUCCAGCGCUGUUGCUGAAAUACUGUCAGAUAUGGUGACUCUACAAUAAAAGCCAUCUACUUGA